UCGAGAGUUCGAGACGCCGCGAGACGAGGGUUUUGCUUUGCCGUCACCUCGCCGCGGAGGUUUCUCCGCCCAAUCCAACCCUUGUCUCCGCCGUCUCCGCCCAUUUCUUCCCUCCCGGACGGCGUCGCCGCUUUCCUUGGUCGCCGCUUCCUCCGAGCACCUGCUGAGCUUUCAAUUACCCAAGUUGUGCACCUGAGAUACUUGAUGGAGGGCCUCCCAGAGCUACUGAUUGCAGAGAUUGUCAAGAGGAUCACCAGUACAACUGAUCGUAGUUCUCUUUCCCUCGUGUCGAAGCAGCUCUACACCAUCGAGGCGGAGCACAGGGAUGCUAUCCGUGUUGGCUGUGGACUUGACCCUACAACAGAAGCCUUGACAUCUCUGUUCUCCCGGUUCCCCAAUUUGUGGAAAGUAGAGAUCAAUUACUCUGGUUGGACGUCCAGUCAUGGGGACCAGCUGGACAACCAAGGCCUCCAUGUUCUAUCAUCUCACUGCCCCUUGCUAUCUGAUCUCACUUUAAGCAACUGCUUGUACAUUGAUGACACCGGUCUUGGCUACGUAUCAUCAUACUGCAAAAAGUUGAGGUCCCUGAGGCUGAACUAUGCACCAGAAAUAACUUCUACUGGGCUUUCUCAGGUGGCGGUUAGUUGCAGGUAUCUUUCUGUUCUCCACCUUGUUGGCUGUACGGCAGUAGACAAUGUAGAGUGGCUGGAGUACCUUGGGAGAUAUGGAUCAUUGGAAGAACUUGUUGUAAAGGAUUGCAAUGGAAUCAGCCAGUAUGACCUCCUAAAAUUUGGUCCAGGAUGGGUGAAUCUCCAAAAGUUUGAGUUUGAGAUUAAUGGAAACUACUGGAUGGGUGCAGUCCAGGAUCCCGCAUACAAGGUUGGCUAUCCAUAUAGAUAUGACAUCUGUUGCGAUAAUCUGAAGGAUCUUAGGUUGGCUCAUAUUGUAACCAUGCCAGAAAUUGGACUUCGUUUUCUCCUAGGGAAGUGCAAAGCAUUGGAGACACUCUACCUGGAAUAUGUUAUUGGUCUAGAUGAGAGUGAGAUGAUUGCACUAUUCCAGAGGUGUAGCAACCUUAAUACCAUAUCACUUCGGUUCAUGCCUCUGCGAUGUGGUUACGAUUUUAGGACGCCACUAACCGAUGACAGCCUCAAGGCGCUAGCCCUCAGCUGCCCUAUGCUUCAGGUUGUUGAGCUCACCUUCACAUUUAUCAAUCCCAUUUACCCAACUGAAAUAGGCUUCACACAAGAGGGUAUUGUGGCGCUCAUCCAAUCCUGUCCAAUUCGUGCCCUUGUGCUCAAUGGUGCCAUCAUAUUUGAUGACGAGGGGAUGAAGGGCAUCUCAUCCACACAGUUCCUAGAGACACUCGAGCUCGUGGAUUGCGAGUCUAUAACUGAUGCUGGGAUGGAUUUCAUUGUCCAGGCUCCUUGUUUGAGUAGUCUCACACUCCGGGAAUGUAAGAAUGUGACUGAUGCUGGAAUGGCUGCGCUGGUAAGUUCACAGAAGCUGGAGUCACUGACCGUUAUUGGCUGCUGUCAGAUCUCCCAGGAGGGUGUGCGAGGGGCUGCCAAAACAGUUCGCUAUUCUGCGCAGAUUGAAAGCCACGACAGUCUGAAAGGAAUGAACAUGCGCGGCAGUGGACACCAGUCGACCGUGAAGGCGAUCUUUGGCUGUUAACUCAUGUUGCCAUAUUAGCAGAGUUUUAAACCUCAACACUACGAUUUGAAAGUAAUUCAGAGGACAGAUGCGCCUGUGAUUUCCGUCCGACAAAUUCCAAUGACUUAAGAUGUUCUAGACUUGUUAUGGUUAUGUGGGAUUUUCUUUAUGAGAAAUUUGACAUAACUCCUAUGUAUUGUGACAGUCGUUUCGAUCUGUCAUAUCUUUAUGUUGUUUCCAUUUUUAAGGUUUUCUUCCUUUGGUUGAGACGUCUAACCAUGCCACCCUUAUAUUUUUAUAACUGCAUGGGUGUUUUGAUUUGAAAAAAUUUGGCCCAGGAUGGGUGAAUCUCCAAAA